GCGGGUGAGUGGGCCCAGAGGCCAGGCAGGGGCAUGGGCAGGAGUGUUUCAUAACAGGAAACUGAUUUCCUGCCUCUGCUGGUAGAACUUGACAGCUAGUGUGUGCGGGUGUGUGUGCUCACGUGUGCGUGCAGGAAUGUGUGUGCACGCAUGUGUGUGUUCACAUGUGCGUGUGUUAAUGUGUGUGUGUGUGCGUGCGGGGUGUGUGUGUGCAUGCAUGUGUGUAUUCAUGUGUGCGUGUGUGUUCACGUGUGCAUGCAAGAAUGUGUGUGUUCACAUGUGUGUGUGCAUGUGUGUUCACGUGUGAAUGUGUGAAUGUGUGUGGGCGUGUGUAUCCACAUGUGUGUGCGGGUGUGUGUGCACAUGCGUGUGUGUGUGGGGGUGCCCUUGCAGGCAUUUGUUCUGAGUAUACCCAGUUCUAGUGAAUGUGGCUUUGAAACAUGCUCUGAUGUCUUAGCCCAGUGCGUGGGGCUGCCCGAUCGAUCCCCAGACACAUGUAUCGCUCCAGCCCAGGGCCACCUGGGGGGGGGGGGAAGUGGGGCAAUUUGCCCCAGGCCCCCAUGAGAAUAUAGUAGUCUAUAGUAUUGCAACUUUUUUUUAUGGAAGGGGCCCCUGAAAUUACUUUGCCCCAGGCCCCCUGAAUCCUCCGGGCGGCCCUGCUCCAGCCGGCUCUCCGUCCUCAGACACAUCUGUCCUACCAAGAGCCUGAACUACAGCAGAGCUGACCCAUUCCCCCUGUCUCUCUCUCCCCAUACACCCCCUCUAUCUAUCUAUCUAUCUAUCUAUCUAUCUAUCUAUCUAUCCCCCCACACACUCAUCCCUCCAUCCAGAUGCCUACAUGGCCCUAACCGCCAGCAAUCUGAGCAUCUCCAGAAGGAUGCUGCAGUUGGGGGAAGCCCCCUAGCAGCGUUCGCUGACCCACUGGCCCAUGUGCUGACACGUUAUAUAGAUGCAGAGCUAAUUAGCGGCAACCUCCUCCAAGUGCUGCAGAGCCAGGCUUGGCCAAAUUUGAUUUAGUUGGACGGAUAAUCUCAGUGUUUACUCAUAAGAUGGUUUUUUUAGAUUUGCGUAGAGCUAAAUCUUCACAACUGCACGAAAUUGGGGGGUUUAUUCAGACAAUGGAGGAUGACAAUUAUCUAAUGGCACUAGACGUUCAGAUUCAAAAAGUUCAAGCUUUCUAACCGGUACAACCCAAAUGGUCAAUGUCACGUAUCGAAAUUCACAAAGGAAACAGCCUUAAAUCAAACUCCUGCCUCCCCAGGCAGCCCUCUGCCGCGCUGUGCGUUUCACUGAUCAUCGGCGGAAAGACUUUUUAUCAGUUCGUGCAUGUACUGUGUGAAAUCAACAUUUACUGAUACCGAUCUGCUCCUCCCAAGCCCGUGCACAGAUAAGAGUGGUGGGCGGUUGCACGAGCAUGUGUGUUAUGAGAAAUGUCUUUGGAUUGACGGGGUGGGGUGCAAGUUACGUGAAAUACGUGUUAGGAAAGAUGCACGAUGAGAAGCUGCCGCGUACAGACAGCGAGAUGUGGAUCUUUGCACAGAUAGAGAAGUCUGCCCUGCUUCUGGCUGAGGAGCCCCUGGACCCCAAAUGUUUCACGCGCUGCCUGGAGGACCUGACCUGCUUCUGGGAGAGCAGCAGCCCCCCGAGCGCCACCGAAUACGGCUUCUUCUACGUCGUGGAGGGGGACGCCCCACAGCGCUGCAACGUGAGCGUGGCCCGGACGCCCUGGAACAGCACUCGCUUCAGCUGCAUCUUCCCCCCCCAGGACACCCCGUCCUUCACCCCCCUGCACGUCGGCGCCUUCGCCGGCAACAGCAGCAAUGUCAUCCACGCCCGCACCAUCAUGAUCAACCAAGUGGUUCUCCUGGACCCUCCAUCCAACCUGACGGCGCGCGCGCCCGAGAGCCCGGGGCAGCUGGCGGUCAGCUGGCAGCCGCCUGGCCUGCGCUACCUGGAGAGCAGCCUGCGCUACGAGGUGGCCUUCGCCCCCGAGGGCGCCGAGCGCCAGACGGUCGACAUCCCCGACGGCCGCACCGAGUGCCUGAUCCUCAACCUGCGGGGCCGGACCCGCUACACCCUGGCCGUGCGCGUCCGGCCCGACGGCGUCAGCUACAGCGGCUACUGGAGCGCCUGGUCGGCCCCGGUCACUGUGGUGACGCCCCACGAUCUGGACCCCCUGAUCCUGUCGCUGUCGCUCAUCCUGGUGCUCAUCGUGGUGCUCCUGGUCCUCUUUGCCCUUCUCACCCACCGCAGGUUUUUGAAGAAGAAGCUGUGGCCGGUGAUUCCCAGCCCGGAGCACAAAUUCGAGGGGCUUUUCACCCUCUACAAGGGAAACUUCCAGCUCUGGCUGGGACAAAGGAACGCCUACCCGUGGUGGAGCGUGAACCCUGGCUACUUGGAGGAGCAGCCCACCACACUGGAGGUGCUGUCUGAGGGCCGCGAAUCCAAGGUGGAGGGGCCGGUGCCCCCUCUGCCCCCCAAAGCCCAGGGCUUGGUCCUGCCCACCCGCCCUGAGCUGCCCGUGGAGCCCCAGGAUGACUACCUGGUGCUGGAUGAACAGCUGAUGCCAUGCAGCCUGGGUGAGGACUCUCUGCUCCUGCCAGAUGCCCAAAGCAGUGCGGGCUCUGAAAGCCCCCCUGCCAUGGAGCAGGAGCUGGGCCCCCCGGGGGCUACACCGGAGCCUGUCCCGGAGGAGCAGGUCUCGUCCUCCUCCAGCUUCGAGUACACCGUCUUCGACCCCAGUUCGGAGCUGCUGGCACCCUGUGGGCACCAGCGCCCGCUCAAAUACAGCUACCUGCUUGUGUCCGACUCAGGGAUCUCCACUGACUACAGCCCCCUGGGCACCAGCACCCACCAGCCCAAUCUCUACACCAACCUGUGCCAGGAUGGGUGCCAGGCCCAGCCCUUCCCAGCCAGCUACGUGGUGUGCUCAUAGUGCCGGUGGGGGGACUCCAGGCCUGGAGAACAGAGGUGGAACCCCCAUGUCUACUGGACGUGGCGGAAACUCCUUCCUGGCAGGACGUAGUGGGGACCCCGUCCCGGCAGGAUGCAGCGGGGACCCCGACCAAACAGGAUGUUGAGGGGACCCGGGAUGAUAUAAAGGAGACCGCAUCCCAGCAGGACGUUGAGGGGACCCCAUCCUGGCAUGAUGUAAAGGACACCCCAUCCCAGCAGGACAUUGAGGGGACCCCGUCCUGGCAGGAUGUAAAGGACACCCCAUCCCAGCAGGACAUUGAGGGGACCCCGCCACAGCAGGACAUUGAGGGGACCCCGUCCUGGCAGGAUGUAAAGGACACCCCGUCCUGGCAGGAUGCAGAGGGGCCCCGUGCCUAGAGGAAGAUACGACCCCAGCGCCAGCUCCCUCUAGCCUGGGGCUUGCAGGGCUGUGGUGGAAGCCAGUGGAGGUGGAGUCCAUAUGACCCCAGCUCAGGCUCAGACUGGGCUCUUGCCGGGACGGAAACUCCCAGGUGGCCGGAUGGGUCAUGGGCAACGCGGCCGGUGCCGGCUGUUACAUCCGCAGAGCAGGUGGUCAGGGACCAACCUGCCAGCAGGGGGCGUCACCACCAAUCCCCCCCACCCCACCAGAGCUGGCUUGGAUUCGAAACACGAGCUGGGUGGAAGCUGCAGCCCCCUGUGCCACUAAGGGGCACCCAUCCACUCUGCCCCCCCCACCCAAGCCUGGCUCAGCUGCAAGGGAUGCUGGGAGUCCUGCAAUCCUGCUUCGUGCCCAGGGACAUGGGCUUCCGGCCCCUUUUCUAUGUGUACGGGGUGAGGAGAGCUCAAAAAGCCCCGUUACCCCUGUAAAUCUACUGCUGUGACAUAUGUAUUAGUCAGGCAGCAGGGGCCAGAGGGUAGAGUGUGGGAGUGGGAGUGGGUGGGCUGAGUGUCAGGACUCUUGGGUUCUAGCCCCAGCUGUGGGAGAAGAGUGGAGUCUAGUGGUUAAAGUUAGGAGAGCUGGGAGUCAGGACUGCUGGGUUCUAUCCAAGCUGUGCCACCGACUUGCUCUGUGACCCUGGGCAUUCCCCCCCUUCUGCGCCUCAGUUUCCCCACUUGUAAAACAGGGCUGACAAUACUGACCAA